GCAUUGUUUGUAAAACCGAUUGCUCACCGAUUGUUCGUUCAGCUUGUACAUUGUCAGAGGAAAGUUAUCAAUGUUAUUAUCUUGAACAAUUUGCAUUGUUUUGUAAUGUCAAAGAUAAAAAACCCAGCCUUAGGGUGCAAAGUCAGUGAUUUUGUUUCAAUUGUUUUGUUUAAGUGAGACAGUCAGACAGUUCCAUUUGUGAAAAAGUGAAAAAAGUCAAUUAAGGACUAUCUGUUUGUGUUUUAUUUCUUUAUGGACUUCAUUAGUGGACAAGUGGGAUGGAAUGUUAAUUUGUUUUUACUGGAUUUCAGAUAUUGAGAUGGGAGUGACCUUGAACACCCAGAUGACCUUGACCUUUGGAAACACCAGUUGGGCCCAACAAUGAUGCAUGCAGUGUGACCUCUGAACCCUUAACCUUUUACAGAAGGGGCCAUUACUGGGACCAAUCAGAUGGGACACUAGGUAACAGUGUUGUGUUGCCAUGACGGCCGGGGAGGAGGAUGUUGUCGAGGUGGCGGGGGAACAUGUUACCAUGGCAACCCGGCAACUUACCACGCAGACAGAGCUGGUCAACCAGCUUGACCCGGAGCGUGUGUUCGACUACCUGCUGCAACACCGCACACUCGACCAGGAAACUGUUGACACUAUCAGGACUGAGGAGAAGCUUGCAGACCGAAACAUCAUGCUCCUGAGUCACUUGGAGUUGCUAGGCAACCCAGCAGUGGAACUUCUUAUCAACGCCCUGCGCCAAUCCGGACAACUACAUCUAGCCAGCACACUCGAUGUCGAGCACAGGAUUAAACCUGUCAUUGGGAAAGGUUACUGGGAGAAGCAGCGUUACAAGGGGCAGAUAACUGUCUCAUUCCAGCUCGUCGCUGCCAAGGUGAUGGUGCGCAAGGAUUCCGACGAGGACAAAUCACCGAAAAUUGUCGACAUCAACGCCAUGUUGACACCCUUCAAAGUAAAACAUUCCUAUGAGAACAUGACAUUGAUUGAGGAUGAUGAGAAUGGUCCAAAGGCGAGAAAGAUUUUAGAAUACUCUUACGAAGAAGAUCCAGAAGACAAAUCAUGCUGUUGGUGCUGUAUUCCAUUUUUCUGUUGUUCGUCAAGGUCAAAAAAGAAACAUAAGAGUUCAGUUAAAAGUGCUGUUGUGACUGUGAUGGAUUCUUCUCAACAAAAUCAUGGUGCUGAGGUGCAAAGAAGUAGUUCCGUGAAAUCACUGAGUUUGUACGAUGUUAUGGUAUCCUUGCCUUCACAGCCGUCUUCCCCAAUUAAAAGUGGAUCUACUUUUUUCAAAACGCGUAAAUUGUCUCCAAUGGUUGAGGUUAGUUCGGAUUUAGAAAGCCCAUCUAGUAAGUCUGACUCAAGUGUGUCUUUUGUAAAUGCUCAGCAAACUGAUGCUCUAAAUGAUAUCAAUGAUAAAGAGGAACCAAAUGUUGAAAUCAGUGUUAGAAGUGACGAAGUCAGUUUUAAAAGUACUAAGUCAGAAAAAGUUGAGAAAUCCAAAGGUAAAAAAGGUGGGAAGAAAAAGUCAAAAAGUGAUUCUACUCUCGAAACAAAAAAUAAUUUAAAUGGUAAGGUUGCUUACUGUAAGCCUUCGAAAAAGGAUAAGUUUGACAACAUUAAAUUCGACAAUAAGGAAAACACAGACCCAUGUAUCUGGGAUCUACAUAAGAAUGGAGUUAGUAACGGCAAAAAGGCAAACAAAUCAUCUCCACCCAAGACCUUAGACACAACCCCCACAAGUGCAAUGAAGCGUUCAGAAACUUAUGAGCUUGUGGAACGGUGGAAAAGUGAAGGCAGGGGCUAUCAGACUGCUCGAGACCAGUUCUUUUCUUUCUUUGAUACUAAUGUUCAGGGGCGAAUAAUUCGCUACUUUGAACAAGAAAGGAAAACAUUAGUAUUACAAGUGAAUUUGGACGAUAAAAUGGUCGUGUGUACAAUCAGUAUGACAACUCGAGAAGUGAAGAAAUUACGUGAGGAUUACGAGAUGGGAGUUUUGCAUGAGGAUCUAGUUCGAUGUGUUCGUCCUCAAGACAUUGUCGACAAAUUGGAAUGUUGUGCAAUCCACUUACGAACUGUGAUCGAUGACGAUGAUUUUACGCUGUCCUUCCAGGAGUUGGCCUAGGGGUGUGCUUAAUUUUAUGUGAGAGGAUAUAAAUAACCAGAAGUGUGCUUGAUUUUUGUGGCAUUAUAUAAUUAGAGAUAUGCUUGAUUCACAACACAGGGCUUAAUCAGCAGUGUGCUUGAUUUACAAUACUGGGUAUUACUGUGUUAUUCUCAGUAAAUAUACAUCUACUGCAUCUAGGUAUUAAACAGAUAACAUCUUUAAAAACAUUUUUUUCUGUGAGUUGACUUGUUGACCAGGCCCAAAUUUCCCGAAACUUCUGAAGCUUAACAGGCUUAAGUCUCUUAUUUCAAUUAGCGAAAAUAUGUAUACUAAUAAUGGAUUGUAAUAAAUGAAAAAUGGUUUCUUCUAACUAGCAUACAGAUUUUUUUUAUAUAAUUUAUAAAAACUCCUAAAGAAGUAAAUAUAACGCAUAUUAUAGAACAACAAAAAUAGUGAGUUUAGCUUAAUCCUGUUAUAAAGGAGUUUCGAGAAAUUGGGGCCUGUAGAUUGGUUAAAGAUGAAAAACAGCUUAAAUUACACUAAAAGAGUAUUAAAACAUUUUGUAUUUGCAAGAUCAUGAAGUCUACAGGACACUUCAUUUGCAUGUCUAUUUCUAGAAAUGACAAUUACCAUAUUGAAAUGAACAGUGUGUUAUAUCAGCCGGUGGUGUUGCUUUUGCCUUUUUGCGGAAAAAAGUGUUUUUUCCUGUCAAUCAUAGUGCCAACAAUGCUUACACAUAUUCUAUACUAAAUGGUCAAGAAUACAACUAUUGAACUAAUUUUAUUCUAUGUCCAUAUUUGAAGACUUGCCCAGAGUAAUACAAGGUGAUUUUAGUCAAUGAUGGAGUAAGUUGAAUUUUUUUUAUUGCUCUUCAUACUCUCAAAUUUUAUUUCAUAUUUUCGGAUAUAAUGAAACAGAUAUUGUCUUUUAAUUUGUGCAAUUUUACUGUGUGUUUCGCAAACCUUAUUGUGUUAUUGUAGAUAAUUUCAGGUAUAUUGCAAGUAUUUCACUCUUAUCGAGUAUUUGUUUUAUUGAACAUUUAUAUAUAUAUAUAUAUGUAUUCUGCCUUACAUGCUUGAAACCUCUGAAUGGUUGCAUACGGUUUUAUUCCAUUUUUGUGUGAAGAAUGGUAGACAAAUAUGGCUUACCUUGUCAGGCACUGUUGUCUGUGGCAGUAUCACAAUUUCAUGACUUUUGAACAAUUUUGUGUAAAGUCCUCAAACUUGGCUUUGCACAUUGCUUAUGGUUCUAUUUGGGUCGAAGGUCAAUGUCAUAGUGACCUUUACUACAAUCAUUUCAUUAGGUCAAAGGUCAUAAUGACUAAAGUUUAUGAACUCUCCCAACAGGUGACACAUCAAAUUUGCAGAAGUCUUGUUUUGAUAAAAUAAUUUUUAAACUUUUUUGAUAAAUCUUUCUAUUUGGCAUUACUCAGAAAAUGUCAAAAUCAUAGUUCAAGGUCAUGCAGAUUACAAAUUAUAGAGUAUAGCUUAUUGUUUUUAUGAUGAAAAAGUUUUAUUUUAUUAGGAGAUAUUACUAUUAUCAGAUUUAUGAACAUUACUUUUUCAGGUUUUUAACCAUGGUAUUUUUAUCUUGCACUCUCAAGACUUUGUCCAUGUCAUUCAAAGUUUAUUUGUAGAAAGUCCCUAGCCCAAAAAACGUAUUCAGUUUCAUUUAUUUUUUACAUUAAUGGAUUUUUAAUGGCUGUUAACCAUUUUUUGUAAUUUUUACUUCACUUCUUUAAUUUUUUGCUGAUGUUUAUUUUUAUUCAGUUUCUUUAUUUUAGUUUGCUUUUAUUAUUUCCGUGUUCGUUUAAAACUUUACUGUCAUUCUGUGAAUGGCCAUUUUAUUUUGCAGGAAAUUUUAUCAAGUGCAAUUCACAGAAAAAAUACAUGUGUAUGUUGUUUGCAUAUCGUUGUCAAAGCUCUGUGUUUUUUCCUACAUUUUGGGGUGAGGGUCAGGGCCUUUCUGAUCCUCUAAAAUGUAUCGUAUUAUGACUGAAAAUUGGAAUUCCACUUUUGCCUAGAAAUGAACAAGAAUGUUUUCAAAAAAUUAAGAAAAUAAUAGAAAUGAUGCAAUGUAUUUCUGGUUGACCAUUGUCUUGUGGAAUAAUUAUAUUUUUUCCGAAGAGAAAAUCGGGAAUUCCACUGUCAAAUGUGUGAAAAAGAAGUUAAUGUUUUAGCAUUGUGAAAUGCACUGCAUUAUGGACACAAAUUCACUUAAAACACUGAAGCUUCAAAUGCUACACCUAUCAUAUAGCUUGAAACUGGCAAUCAGCUCAUAAAAUGAAAGUGAUUGUGUGUGUAUUUGUGAAUUAUGCCUACCGUACAUGUUCGUAUUUCUUACAUAUUGACAAUAUUUGUUGAUAUUUGUUAAUUUGCGGUGUAUGAUAGAGAUUUAUUUCACUAAGUGAACACAGACAGAAAUGUUUUCACUCAUGGCUGUGCCACUCAUGAAAAUAUUAUUUCUGUGUUCAUGAAGGAAAUAAAUUUUGAUCUUAACUAAUUUAUUAAGCAACAAUGGAACCAAAACUUAUAAGAGCAGUGAAAAUAUCACAUUUUUUUAUUUUAUUUUACAGUGAAUAUAACAGCAGCAAAAAUAACAUCAUAUUUCAUCAAAAAACUUAAAAACUUAUCAUGCAGAACUGAUUUGAUGCUAAAUGAGUUUAGGACCACCCUCGAUGUUUAUCUUCUUUGUUUAACAAAGUAGUAUAUUGAAUCCAAGUCCACAUAUACCGUGAUUAUUCUAUUCAUGGGGCAGGCGUUUAUUAGAAUUGUACCCAAGUUCAAAGUAGGAGAUGGGCAAUAAUUAGAGACAAUUGCUUUUAACCAAGAUGAAAAUCAGUCAUUAUAAUAUUUGGACGUAAAGACAAAAAAAGUGAAGUAAGAUCAUCAAGCUGAAAUCAGGAAAUUAUUGUUAGAGUUAUGCUUUUAAAAAAAUAUUUUUUUGGGGGGGGGGGGGGUUUAAAGGAGGCAAUUUUUUUGCAAGAUUUUGACCCAAAAAUGGCCGUUUUCAGGCCAAAAACUGGGGGGGGGGGGAUUAAUAGAAUAAUUACGGUAUUUGUUUGUCGGGUUUGGUUAUCAUGUGACAAGUGAAUAUCACAAUUGGUGUAACAAUUAUAAAUAUGGUUCAAUGUCGUGUUCUUAUAAGUAUUUCAUACAAAUUGAUGAAAUUAAUACUUAUGAACCAUUGAUGAAAAAAAUGUGGAAAUUUCAAAAACUUUUGACUCCUCAGAAGUAAAUUUGACAUUAUUUAUGCAUUGGCAGCUUUUAUGGAGUUAAUAUUAUAUUUGAAUUAUAAUUUCUUAAAUGAAUUAGAACCAUGUAGCACUAGAAGUUUUGAUUCAGGCAAGUUGAAAAGCCAACCUAGGUCAAUAAGAAUUGUGCACUGAAUAUUAGUACGAGGUACAUGUAAAUUUUCAGAUAUUAUUCAAGUUUUGUACUUACCGGUAGUAUUUCCGAGAGGUUAUUGUUAAUUUUCUGGAUGUUUAUGUACAUGUUUGAAGUGUUGUGUAAUAAGUGUGCUAAUGAAGUAUUUCGUGAUUAUCUGCAAUGUUUUGUACACUAACUGAGUUGCAUAUAUAUGUUACAUGUAUAUAUAUUCUUACUGAUAUACAUGUAUUGCAUUUGAAAUGUAUGUUUUUGAACAUUUUGCAUAACUAUGAUGGCAAUGAAACUAAAAAUAUUGUAAAACAUGAGAAAUAAAUAUUUUCUUCA